AUGACGAAUCCAUAUUUACUCCCUAAUAGUUUAACACGCCAAACAGUAAUAGAAAAAUGUGAUUUGUCUAAAUUAAUUGGUAUUGGCUUACCAUCCUUAUCUAAUGGUGACGCAUUUUCUAUUCUAAAGCACCAAAGAAGACGAGAGACUCCUAACAGAAGUUCUCUCUCGGCCUAG